AUGUAUCGCCAUAAGAGGAGUCUGAUCAACCACCAACUUAUUCACAGUGGAGAAAGACCAUUUCAUUGUCCUGAGUGUGAUAAGAGCUUCCGCCAGAAGAGCAACAUGAGGGCCCAUCAGCGUUGUCAACACUACGGGGAGAGGCCGUUCUCUUGUGUAGAAUGUGGGAAGGACUUUGCUGAGAAAUCUAAACUCGCAAACCACAUGAGAGUGCCCAGUGGGGAGAAGCCAUUCCAAUGUCCUGAGUGUAACAAGAGCUUCCACAUGAAAGGUGACCUGAAAGCUCACCAGCGUGCCCAUAGUAGGGACAGGCCAUUCUCUUGCAGUGAGUGUGGCAAGGGCUUUCUAGUAAAGUCUAAGCUCACCAACCACUUCAGAGUACAUACAGGGGAGAAGCCAUUCCAGUGUCUUGAAUGUGAGAAGAGUUUUCGGCUGAAGGGCAUGCUGAAAGUGCACGAGCGAGUGCAUACUGGGGAGAGGCCAUUCUCUUGCAGGAAAUGUGGCAAGGGUUUCACCAAGCAGCGUAAGCUCACAGAACACAUGAGAGUACAUAGUAGGGAAAAGCCGUUCCAGUGUCUGGAGUGUGACAAGAGCUUCCGCCAAAAAGGGCAGCUGCUGAGGCACCAGCGCCUUCACACAGGGCAGAUCCCUUUUCCGUGUCCUCACUGUGAGAAGACCUUCCACCUAAAGGGUGACAUGAAUGCUCAUCAGCGUGCACACAGUAGGGAGAGGUCAUUCUCUUGCAGUGAGUGUGAGAAGAACUUUACCCACCAGAGUAAACUCACUGAGCACCUCAGGCUGCAUAGUGGGGAGAAGCCCUUCCAGUGCACUGAAUGUGAUAAGAGCUUUCGUCUCAAGGGCAUCUUGAAGGACCACCAAUGCAUACACAGAGGAGAAAAGCCAUUCUCUUGCAGUGAGUGUGGCAAGAGCUUUAGCAGGCAAUCGAAGCUCACUGAACACGGGAGAGUGCACAGUGGGGAGAAGCCUUUCUGGUGUCAGGACUGUGGCAAGAGCUUCCGCCUAAAAGGCCAGCUGCUCAGUCACCAGCGCCUACACACAGGAGAGAGACCCUUCCAGUGCCCUGAGUGUGAUAAGAGUUACCGUGUGAAGGCGGAUAUGAAGGCCCACCUGCGCUUACACAGUAGGGAGUGGCCAUUCUCCUGCGAUUGUGGUAAGGGCUUCACUAAACACUCCAAGCUCAUUGAACACAUUCGAACACACACAGGGGAGAAGCCCUUCCAGUGCCCUAAAUGUGAUAAGAGUUUCCGCCUGAAAGGGCAGCUGCUUAGCCAUCAGGGCCUUCACACAGGGGAGAGACCUUUCCAUUGCCCCAAAUGUGACAAGAGUUUCCGACAAAAGGGACAUCUCCUUACGCAUCAGCGCAUUCACAAGCCUGAGAGGCCAUUCUCUUGUGGAGAGUGUGGCAAGGGCUUCAUCUAUAAAUCUAAACUUGCCACUCACUUCAGAGUACACACCAAGGGUAAGUCCUGUGAUGUCCCAAGUGAAGCUAAUAGUACACGCAAGCGUUUCCACAUAUUUGAGUUAAUAGAGUCUGAUUGGAGUUGA